AGAAAUGUAAACAGCAGUGGCGGUAUAGUGGGGUUGGGAUGGAGCCACAGGUGUCUGGGAGAGACGGAAAGGACAAACCCGGAGAUGGGGCACACACCUGUCUGAACUCCGGCAUGUUUCUUAGCGGAUUUGACGGGCAGUCGCGGCUGCUGCUUCGGUCACUGAUGUCCGGAACCUCCGGGACCUCAAGGGCGCUGGGCGUCUUCCACAGGCAGCAGCGGGCUAACCCGGAGAGCUCACUGUGCGGCUUCAUAGAAACACUGUGCAGAGACGAAAUAACCCACACAGAGGCUGACGCUGAGUUUCUAACCGUUAAACCACUAGUGUGCCUGUUUCCACCUUUAUUUAAACAAAACCUGCUGUCAUUCAUCCACCUGGUGCAUUCUGUUCUUCCUUGGACCGCUGUACUCCAUCUGAUCAAAUGUCUCAGCCAGGACUCUCGUCCAAACCCGUGGGUGACUGCUUUGUGCAGACAACUCGAAAGAGACCUGGAAACCCACCGUGAGGUGCCUCUGUACACCACACUGUGCAGCCAGAGACUAAAGGAGCUCUCCCAGCGUUUGAUCGGAUCUGCUGAAACUGGAGGAUGGACCAAGUGUUUCAGCAGUCAAACAGAAUUUGAAUCCCAGAGUACAUCUGAUUUAUCUGAACUGGGGACACAGAGGAAAAGAAAGGGCAGUUUUGUAAGCGUGGGGUCUGAUGGUGAAGAAACGGGAUCACAGAGUAAACGGAUAAAGAUGGAUGAUAAUGAGUGUGUCAUAGCCGAAGAACUGAGAGUUAACAAGGAGAUGCCGGGAGCGCCAGAAAGUGAUGCUGCAGCAGAAACUCCAGCCUCAGACAGUUCGUUUGAUGGCCUGCCUGAACAUAUAAAGGUCUGUAUUCCUCAGAUAAAAGAACUGUUGGAGAGUCAGACGGAGUGGGACCAGAGCUCCACAGAUGUGUUCAAAGUGCUGAACAACUGUGAUUCAAACCAAGUGGAGGUGUUAUGCAGCAUGCUGAAUUUCCCGGGCUUACCUGACCAGGCGCUGCCUACACUGUGCAACAGUGUUUUGGCCCUCUCUCCUGACCUCAGCUACAGCACUGCUGCAACGCUAAUCAAGAGCCUUCUGCUGGAGAAGGUGCUGUCCCUGUCAGAGCCGGCCUCCAGGUGUCUGGUUACCGCGGUGACAUCCCUGUGUAGCCGCUAUCCCAGACCAGUGUGCCAGGCUCUAAUCGGACCAGUACUAGAGAAGGAGAACAUAGGGCCUCCACAGGCUGAGCUGCUCAGCAGACUGAUAGAAAGCUGCCUGGACUCUCACUACAGACUGCUGGUGGUUCAAAUGACAUUGAAGAUCGCAUGGAGCGAGGCAGUGCUAUCUAUUAUCCACAGCUUGCUAGACUCAAAGCCUGUCUUGAAUGAAGAACUUUUCACACAGUUCACAGAACAGCUCGUCAGUCAGGCUCCUCGUUUCACAAAGUCUGUGAAGUUUGCAAAAAUGAUGCUCACAGUACUCACCAAAUACAGCAUUGAUGUGACUGCUGCACACAAACACUCCUUGUCCAGCUGCCUGAUGUUAAAUGAGACCUUCCUGAAGAAGUCUCUACAAGCUGCUUUGAAACGAAUCGCAGACACGUGACCUCACUACCUUUUCACCUAAUUUACAUUAAAAAAAAACCUGUGUAAAUAAAUUAAACUGACAAUAAAGAAUCUUAAUUCACCAGUC